AAUCAUUUUUUUUUUCUUUCUCCGAGCAACAUUACCAUACAAGAUCUACACUUCCCAGAUAAUCGCUUAAAAGAAACAGCGAUUGAUUUCUGUUCAAUUUUCCUCUUCGCUAGCUCCCACUCUCUCUCUAUUACACACACAGCGACAGAUCGUUUCGCUCUCUCCCUUCCCAGAAUAGAAGAAGAAGAAGAAGAAGAAGAAGGAGAUGUUGAAGUUCUUGAAGGGAGUAGUGGGUGGAUCUGGCACGGGAAUCAAAGAUCUGCCCUACAACAUCGGCGACCCUUAUCCCUCUGCUUGGGGCUCCUGGACUCACUUUCGUGCCACCUCCAAGGAUGAUGGGUCUCCGGUGUCAAUAUUUUCUCUUUCUGGGAGUAAUGCCCAGGAUGGACAUUUAGCUGCUGGUCGAAAUGGUGUCAAGCGUCUCCGCACUGUCAGACACCCCAAUAUUUUAUCAUUUCUUCACAGUACUGAGGCUGAAACACUCGAUGGUUCUACUACUAAGAUUACUAUCUAUAUUGUCACGGAGCCUGUUAUGCCACUGUCAGAAAAGAUCAAGGAACUAGGUUUAGAAGGUACACAAAGGGAUGAGUAUUAUGCAUGGGGACUGCACCGGAUAGCCAAAGCUGUGAGCUUCUUAAAUAAUGAUUGUAAACUUGUUCAUGGUAAUGUUUGUUUGGCGAGUGUUGUUGUCACACAAACUUUGGACUGGAAGUUGCAUGCCUUUGAUGUUCUAUCUGAGUUUGAUGCGAAUAAUGAAGCUUCUGCUGGACCAAUGCUGCCAUAUGCGUGGCUUGUUGGAGCACAAUACAAAUCGACGGAGCUGCUAAAUUCUGACUGGGCUGUAAUCAGGAAAUCUCCACCAUGGGCCAUUGAUUCUUGGGGCUUGGGCUGUCUUAUACAUGAACUCUUUUCUGGCAUGAAGUUAGGCAGAACAGAGGAGCUGAAAAACACUGCUUCCAUUCCAAAGUCUCUGCUUCCAGAUUAUCAGCGGCUUUUGAGCGCCAUGCCUUCUCGUAGGUUGAAUACAUCAAAGCUUAUCGAAAAUAGUGAAUAUUUCCAAAAUAAGCUAUUGGACACAAUACAUUUCAUGGAAAUUCUAAAUUUGAAAGAUAGUGUUGAAAAGGAUACCUUCUUCCGCAAGCUUCCGAACUUAGCAGAGCAGCUUCCUCGCCAAAUUGUCUUGAAAAAGUUGCUUCCUUUGUUAGCUUCUGCACUUGAAUUUGGUUCAGCUGCUGCCCCUGCUUUGGCUGCAUUGUUGAAAAUGGGUUCCUGGCUUCCGACUGAAGAAUUCAGUGCGAAGGUACUGCCAACAAUUGUGAAACUCUUUGCCUCCAAUGACCGAGCUAUUCGAGUUGGUCUCCUGCAACAUAUUGAUCAAUAUGGAGAACCAUUAUCAGCACAAGUUGUUGAUGAGCAAGUUUACCCUCAUGUUGCUACGGGGUUCUCUGACACUUCCGCUUUCCUUCGGGAACUUACUCUUAAAUCCAUGCUUGUUCUGGCUCCUAAGCUUUCUCAACGCACUAUUUCAGGGUCACUAUUGAAGUAUCUCUCCAAGUUACAGGUUGACGAAGAGCCAGCAAUUAGAACAAAUACUACCAUUUUACUUGGGAACAUUGCAAGCUACCUAAAUGAAGGGACAAGGAAAAGAGUUUUGAUUAAUGCAUUUACUGUUCGUGCAUUGCGUGACACUUUCUCACCUGCCCGGGGAGCAGGCGUCAUGGCUCUUUGUGCAACCAGUUCUUAUUACGACAUCACUGAGAUUGCAACUCGGAUUCUUCCAAAUGUUGUUGUACUUACAAUUGAUCCUGACAGUGAUGUGCGAUCAAAGGCAUUUCAAGCUGUUGAACAAUUUUUACAGAUUGUGAAGCAAUACCAAGAGAAGGCAAAUUCAGGAGAUACCACUGGAGCUUCAGGCCUUGGAAUGCCAUCAAUACCAGGAAAUGCUAGUUUACUUGGAUGGGCCAUGAGCUCCUUGACUCUUAAGGGCAAACCUUCUGAACAAGCUCCACUUGCUUCUGUGACUUCAAGCACACCUCUAACUUCUACUUCUUCCGAUGCCAGCUCAGUGAUGGAUACUCCAAGUACAGCACUUGUCCAUGGGAAUUCCUCAGAUUUUGCUGAUCAACCCAUACCUGAAUCCCCUACAUCAACGGAUGGCUGGGGAGAACUUGAAAAUGGAAUUCAUGAAGAGCAUGAAAGUGAAAAGGAUGGAUGGGAUGAUAUUGAACCUCUUGACGAGCCAAAGCCGUCACCAGCUCUUGCAAACAUUCAAGCAGCUCAAAAGCGGCCAGUUUCACAACCCGUGUCACAGCCAAAACAAGUUGCAAGCUCACGACCGAAAAAUACAGCAAGGGUGACCAAAAACGACGACGACGAUUUGUGGGAUUCCAUUGCCGCCCCUGCUCCAAGGACGGUGUCAAAACCUUUGAAUUUAAAAAAAGCUGCGACAGCUGAUGAUGACCUGUGGAAUGCCAUUGCUGCUCCUGCACCAGCUACUAGGGCUCAGCCUUUAUCAGCUGGUAGAGGUCGAGGAGCCAAGGCUGCUUCUCAGAGUUUGGGUGCACAGAGAAAAAGCCGGCCAACCUAAUCUGGGAUAAUAAAAUACAUAGGAAAAAAACAGAACAAAAGGAGUAAAAGAUUUAUAUUUGUACAAGUUUUUUACUGUUCCAGUGAUUGUCUGUCACAUUAAUAUGAAACGGAUCCAUGUCAAUUAGACGACAUUAUUUGAUUUGUAAUAUUCUUUUUUUUAUUUAUU